AUGUCUAAUUUAAUUUCAUACCAGGCUGAUGAAUACGAGUACUACGACGAGUACACGCAACCGGACCAGGACCCCCUCCUCCAGCAGCAGUCCUCGGAGGACCCCGACUGGUUCGAGGCAUUUUUUGGCUACAGCGAUACUGGAAGAGCAGACCCAUGCUCCUCCAACCCCUGCAAGAACAACGGUAGGUGUGAAAACAGAGGAAGCAGCUUCAGCUGUCUCUGCCCCGAGCCAUACGCUGGGACUACGUGUGAGAAAGUGAAGAACAUGUGUCUGGAGAAGCGUUGCCAUGGUGGAGACUGCCUGAUUACAUUAACCCCACCUUAUUUUCAGUGCAGAUGCAAUCAUCCCUACAAGAAACCCGACUGCCAACGAGCAUCUUCACCGUGCAGGCCAAACCCUUGCAAAAAUGGAGGUAUCUGCAUACGGCACAGAAUCAGAUCCAAAUUCACCUGCAAGUGCCCUGAACCUUUCAGCGGGAGGUUCUGCGAGAUCGGACCAGAUGAUUGUUAUGAAAAGGCCUCCUCUAAGUACAGAGGAAGUGUGAACCAAGCGGUGAAUGGCAAGACCUGCCUGCACUGGAAUUCCCACGUUCUCUUGGACUACCCUAUUAAUGCCUUUAUGGAGGACGCUGACUCUUAUGGCAUCGGUGAACAUAACUUCUGCAGGAACCCCGAUGAGGAUGAAAAACCCUGGUGCUACAUCAGAAAAAGUCACAAAGUGGAAUGGGACUUCUGUGAUGUUUCACCCUGCUCAGGAACAGCUGAAGAGAGCCUAUGGCCAACAGACAGCUCAACAGACCCACCUGGAUCAAAUGAAAUAUUCAAAACAUGUGGACAACCAGAAAUUCAAAGGCCACUCACGAGGAUCUAUGGUGGAGCUAAGACUACAGCUGGCAAACAUCCCUGGGUGGCAUCUCUGCAGAUAAAGACUUCAAAAAGGAACACACAUUUCUGUGGUGGAGUGCUAAUUCAAGCAUGCUGGGUUCUUACUGCCGGGCACUGCAUUGAGCAACCAGCAGAAAAUCUUCAGGUAGCCCUUGGAAAGCAAAACCUCAAGAAGAAAGAGCAUCAAGAGCAAAUAUUUGAUGUGGAGAAGAUCAUCGUACAUUACAAAUACAGAGAGAAGGAUGGUGUCCCACACAAUGAUAUCGCACUACUGAAAUUGAAGCCAGUUGAUGGUCACUGUGCAGUGGAAACAAAGUAUGUGAAAACAGCGUGUCUGCCGCACUUCUUCUUUCCCGUUGGGACUGACUGCUUCAUUUCUGGAUGGGGCAUGACAGAGACAGAUGAAGAAUCCCAUCAGCUGCUAGAUGCCAAUGUCAAGCUGAUUUCACAGAAGAAAUGCAGUGCACCCAGAGCAUAUGAUCACAUACUGGAUGAAAGCAUGUUUUGUGCAGGAAAUCUUCGGAGACCCAGAGCCGAUUCUUGUCAGGGAGACUCCGGAGGCCCACUAACUUGUGUAGAAAAUGGCUCCUACUAUGUAUAUGGCCUUGUGAGCUGGGGUGAUGGAUGCGGGUUAAAGAACAAGCCAGGAGUUUAUACCCAGGUGACAACAUUUCUCAGUUGGAUUAAAUCCAAAAUUCAGUCUGAGUCAAGGUCACUUCAUUAG